AUGAAAGUUUCCGGCAACAUGGAACCCGCACCCCGGAGACGCCAUGGAAGGGACAACGUCCGGAUAGCCAAGCCCCUCCUUCGUGCCUAUGCACUCGGGUACCUGUCUUCUGUCACUCCAAAAUUGGCGUCUUAUGUGCGUCGACUACGUACUAAGGACUGGACGACGCAACAAAAAUUAGAAGAGCUUGUCAAAGUAUUGACUGGGCCUCUGCGUGCUAACAGUUUCCCAACAUCCUGUGCUGUUUUAGUCGGCGGCUCGACUCUACUGCCUAUUGGGUUGUAUCGCAUUUGUGCAGUGAUCUCAGCCGGCCUUUCUAGAGGCGAGCUUCGGAUUUCACAAGGGCUCGACCGCUUCAUUCGAUUCCUCGUCACUUUCUUAUCAGGAUGGUUUAGUUUUCAACUUCUCAACAGAAACCGCAUCUGUCGGUCAACAGAAGAUGUCGAAGCCACUCGGGACUUUGCAGACCAGGGGAAAGAUGCUGAUGGGGUACCAGUGAAUUCACUGGAACGCCAACGUCCUGAAUUGGCAGGGAGGACGAUGGAUUUAACCAUUUACAUGGUCACAAGGGCGGUAGAUGUGGUCGCGUGUGUCGCCUGGAACCGCUGGUCCCGUCGUCGACGGGCACAGAACCGCUGGUCCACUACCGAGGCCCGCAUACCUGGCAUGGCAGAUGCGAGCGUAUUUGCUCUGAGUUCUGCUAUAGUCAUGUGGGCUUGGUUCUAUCUCCCCGAACGACUCCCCAAGGCAUACGAGAAAUGGAUUGGACAAGCCGCCCAGGUCGACUCACGCCUCAUUGAAGCCUUGCGGCGUGUCCGAAGGGGUAUCUUUGUAUACGGUAAAGAUACAGGCCAGGCACCUCUUCUCCAGUCAAUGUGCAAAGAUUACAACUGGCCAAUUGAGUGGGGAGACCCAGCAAAGAUGCGCCGCAUCCCCUGUGAAAUGGUACACAUGGGCUGUGGGCCUAAUUGUGAAAAACAUGCAUUGUAUCGAUUUGCCAAAACCUUCAAAUUUGCCUGUGCGACCUACAUACCCCUACAGAUAAUUUUCCGUCUACGGGGAAUGAAAUCCGCCACAGCCCUCCGCCGGGCUCUUGCUGAUGCGGCGCGAUCAUCAGCCUUCCUCUCGUCAUUCGUCAGCCUCUUCUACUACGGUGUGUGCCUUGCUCGAACUCGACUCGGUCCCAGGAUCUUUGACCCGAAGACGGUCACUCCGGCAAUGUGGGACUCGGGACUAUGCGUUGGGAUGGGCUGUUUCAUGUGUGGUUGGAGUGUAUUGGCCGAAAAGGCGCGGAAAAGACAGGAAUUGGCGCUAUUUGUGGCACCUCGGGCUGCCGCCACUGUUCUGCCACGGUUGUAUGAUAAAAAGAACAACAAUCAUGUGCUGACUCGUUCACUUUUCUUCCAGUAUCAACACCGGGAACAAGUCGCAUUUGCUCUUAGCGCUGCUAUUCUUGUCACCUGCCUUCGCGAGCGACCCAGCAUGGUACGAGGAGUCUUCGGUCGCAUCACAUCGAGCGUGCUGAAUUAG